AUAAAACUACUUCAAUCAAAAUACGUCAACCAAAAUUUUUGUCAGAAAUGCAGAAAUAACCUGAAAAUAAGCUAAUCCGUUAAAAUAAUAAAAGUACAUAUACAUAGUAUGCCGUUUGGUCGAGGCCGAGGAGGAGGAGGCUAUAGAGGGCUCUGCUCAAAAUGACUAAGCAUACAUUCUAUGCUUUGUUAUCAACAAAUUGUAAGAAAAAACUCCAACAAAAUAGAAAUGUGUCCCAGAUGUGAUUCUAAAAAGCGCGGGCGAUCCGGAUAUUCACGGGGAUACCAGCAUGCGCCGGCUAGACCUCCACCUAUGGUUGUGACACCGAUGCCCCAACGGCGAUCCAUGUUCAGAGACGCGGCUUCAAUCGCUGGAGGUGUCACCGUAGGCACGGCUGUGGGUCACGUUGUUGGAGAAGGCAUAACAAGUUUAUUCAGUGGCUCACGACGUGAAGAAGUAGUGCAUGCCUUGCCACGGGACUAUGACAUGAGAUCUGAACCGAGCGGCCCGUGCGCGUACGAAAUAUCAGCGUUUUUGAAUUGCGCUACCAACCACGAAGAUAUCCAACAGUGUCAAGCAUUCAAUGAGGCGCUAAAGGAAUGCAAACGAAGAAACCGUUUACCGUAGGCCACUCAUGAGGAUUCAGCAAACCUGACCAGUCAACAACUAACCACAUCAACAAACGCACAUUACCCUUAAAUCAACCCCUUUUUUACAAAUAAAUAAACCUCUACAGUAA